GCAUUGAGGAAGUGGAGACACUACUUAAUUGGACACCACUUCAAGCUCAUCACUGACCAACGUAGUGUAAAGUUUAUGUUUGACUCUAAAUCAAACAGUAAAAUAAAGAAUGACAAAAUAGCGAGGUGGCGAGUUGAACUCUCAUGUUUUCACUAUGACAUAGUAUACCGUCCAGGAACAGAAAACAUACCAGCUGAUGCUCUCUCCCGCAUCUGUGGUGCCACUACUUCUGAUAAACUCUGAGAACUUCAUGAAAUCCUAUGUCACCCUGGGAUAUCUCGCAUGAUGCAUUUUGUCCGGGGGCGGAAUCUACCUUACUCAGUAGAAGAAGUGAGGAAAAUUACCACCUCUUGCCAAGUGUGUUUAGAGCUCAAACCUCAAUUCAUCAAAUCCUCGGGACAACUGAUCAAAGCAACCCAGCCAUUCGAGAGCUUGAACUUAGAUUUCAAAGGCCCAGUUCCCUCUCAAUCUAGAAACAAGUACCUCCUCACUGUUGUGGAUGAAUUUUCAAGGUUCUCAUUUGUUUUCCCUUGUGCAGAUAUGACCACUAGAACUGUCAUCAGUUGUUUGGUGCAACUUUUUUCUUUGUUUGGCAUGCCAGCGUAUAUCCACACUAACAGGGGUGCAUGUUUUAUGUCUGAAGAGCUGAAGGAUUUCCUGAUGAAGAAAGGUGUUGCUACCAGUCGCACUACACCUUAUAACCCUGAAGGGAAUGGUCAAGCUGAAAAAUAUAACUGGAAAACUCUGACAUUAGCCCUUAAGACAAGGAACCUUGAUGUGUCUCAGUGGGAAACUGUUCUCCGAGAUGCUCUCCAUUGUAUACGCUCCUUGUUGUGCACUUCCACGAACUGUACUUCUCAUGAGCGCCUUUUCCUGCAUAGUAGAAGGUCCACCACCGGCCAAUCGUUGCCUACUUGGCUCAUCCAAGGAGGGCCUGCUCUCCUGAAACGCCAUGUAAGAUACAGCAAGAACGACCCCUUAGUGGAUGAGGUUGAAAUCGUAGAGGCGAACCCCGAGUAUGCUCAUGUGAAGCUUCCAGAUGGUAGGGUGACUACAGUUUCAUUAAGACAUCUUGCUCCUAUGGCUAGUGACAACCGUGAAAGUACAGAUGCUGGGGUUCCUGUAUCUCAGUCCGAGGUUCCUGAGGAAUUGUCAGUUGCAAAUGCUCCUCAGGAGAUUGCACGCGGUCUCUCCCAUGUGGAUAUUGCUUCUCAGCAUGACACUCUUCAGGAAUCCCGUACAGUCCCUCAACAGGUAGCCUCACCUCCUCCACUUCGAAGGUCAGAGAGAGUGAGGCAACCUCCAAAGUACCUUCAGGAUUACUCCAAGUGAACUUAACUGAGAAGGGAAGAAUGUGGUAAAAAUAAACCUGUUUCAUAUUAGUGGUCUCUAUAGCUUUUGUUUACUUUUGUGGUUCCUUGCUGACGUGUCUCGUAUUACAGCUGUAGACUCGCCAGAUUAUGGUACAAUGCUUGAUUCUUUGUAUAUGUUACUUAUGAUGCCCCUUUGUAUGUUAUAUGCUUUGUGUAUAUUCUUGGUUAUACUGUCUUUCAUAAGGAGUGUGAUUUAUGUACCUUCUUAGUUAACUCAAGUGUUUAUUUAUGUUUAUGUCUGUGU